AAAGAAAUGCAAAAAGUUAAAAAAAGAAAAGAAAAAAAAAAAUCUCAGCCGGUCCAACUCCAGUCUCCGAUCACGCAGCCACCACGACGCCGAGAGAAAAUCCACAUUUCGAAGCAGCUCGGUCCAGUUUCCGUUCCUAAAUUGUUCAUCAAUGUCGGAAGUAAUUUCCGUGAUGGAUAUUGACGACGAUAAUGGCAAUAACGAAGCUGAAAAGGCAGUCAAGGGAAAAAACGUUGCCAGUCCUGCCGCCGCACCCGAAGGCAAAGCGAUACCCUGGGUUGAGAAGUUCCGGCCUAAGUCUCUCGCUGAUGUUGCUGCUCACCGUGACAUUGUUGACACCAUCGACAAGCUGACGAGUGAAAAUAGGCUGCCACAUCUCCUGUUGUACGGCCCUCCUGGUACUGGCAAGACAUCAACUAUUCUAGCGGUUGCUCGGAAGCUUUAUGGAACAAACUACCACAACAUGAUUUUGGAACUGAACGCAUCAGAUGAUAGAGGGAUAGAUGUUGUUAGACAGCAGAUUCAGGAUUUUGCAAGUACCCAAAGCUUUUCAUUUGGGGCAAAAGCGUCUGUAAAAUUGGUACUGUUGGAUGAGGCAGAUGCCAUGACUAAAGAUGCACAGUUUGCUUUACGAAGAGUAAUUGAGAAAUACACAAAAAAUACAAGGUUUGCUCUUAUCUGUAAUCACGUCAAUAAGAUUAUUCCAGCAUUACAAUCAAGGUGUACCCGCUUUCGAUUUGCCCCCCUUGAUAACUUUCAUGUCACUGAACGACUCAGAUAUGUUAUUGAGGCUGAGAGGUUGGACGUCACUGAGGGUGGCUUAGCUGCUCUUGUUCGACUUUGCACUGGUGAUAUGAGAAAGGCCUUAAAUAUCCUGCAGUCAACGCACAUGGCUUCUCAGCAUAUUACUGAAGAAGCUGUAUACCUUUGCACAGGGAACCCUAUGCCCAAAGACAUAGAGCAAAUAUCAUUUUGGCUGCUGAAUGAACCAUUUUCUGACAGUUUUAAGCGAAUAUCUGAAAUAAAGACCAGAAAAGGAUUGGCUUUGGUUGAUAUAGUGAGAGAAGUCACUCUGUUCGUUUUUAAGAUAGAGAUGCCAUCGAAUAUCAGAGUCCAGUUGAUUAACGAUUUGGCUGACAUAGAGUACAGGAUGACUUUCGGAUGCAAUGACAAGUUACAACUCGGAUCGCUCAUCUCAUCUUUUACAGGAGCUAGAUCUGCUCUUGUUGGUGCUGCACAGUAGUUUCGUUGGCUAAAGCGAGAUUUUGUAUCGUCUUAGAGGACACUUUACUCACCAACCAUCUGUCAUGCCCGUGUUCAUUGAUUAGGUACGAAACCGUAGAGAAUGUGAACAUAUUCUUCAUUUGACUUCCAGCUUUUGAUGAAAAAAGUAAAUGGCUGACAUUGAUGUAUGGGAAGGAAAUGUAAUAUUUGAAACUUUGAAAGUCUGCAAGAAAAGGUUAGAUAACAUUUAAAGUAUUUCUUUGUUCUUUUUGGACUGAUUCACUUCCAAUAUUUCUGCACAUGCUUAUCUUUAAUAGCAAUUUGUUUACAACCACCAA